CCCUCAGCUUCCCCCGCCAGUCCUAAGCUCCCCCGCCAGCCCUCAGCUUCCCCCGACAGCCCUCAGCUUCCCCCGCCAGCCCUCAGCUUCCCGCCAGCCCUCAGCUUCCCCCGCCAGCCCUCAGCUUCCCCCGCCAGCCCUCAGCGUCUCCCGCCAGCCCUCAGCUUCCCCCGCCAGCCCUCAGCGUCCCCCGCCAGCCCUCAGCUUCCCCCGCCAGCCCUUAGCUUCCCCCGCCAGCCCUCAGCUCCCCCCGCCAGCCCUCAGCUUCCCCGAAAAGCCCUCAGCUUCCCCCGCCAGCCCUCAGCGUCCCCCGCCAGCCCUCAGCUCCCCCCGCCAGCCCUCAGCUUCCCCCGCCAGCCCUUAGCUUCCCCCGCUAGCCCUCAGCUUCCCCCGCCAGUCCUAAGCUCCCCCCGCCAGCCUCAGCUCCCCCGCCAGCCCUCAACUUCCCCGCCAGCCCUCAGCUCCCCCCGCCAGCCCUCAGCUUCCCCGCCAGUCCUCAGCUUCCCCCGCCAGCCCUCAGCUCCCCCCGCCAGCCCUCAGCUUCCCCCGCCAGCCCUCAGCUCCCCCGCCAGCCCUCAGCUUCCCCGCCAGCCCUCAGCUUCCCCUGCCAGCCCUCAGCUUCCCCCGCCAGCCCUCAGCUUCCCCUGCCAGCCCUCAGCUUUCCCCGCCAGCCCUCAGCUUCCCCCGCCAGCCCUCAGCUUCCCCCGCCAGCCCUCAGCUUCCCCGCCAGCCCUCAGCUUCCCCGCCAGCCCUCAGCUCCCCCGCCAGCCCUCAGCUUCCCCCGCCAGCCCUCAGCUCCCCCCGCCAGCCCUCAGCUUCCCCCGCCAGCCCUCAGCUCCCCCGCCAGCCCUCAGCUUCCCCCGAAAGCCCUCAGCUUCCCCCGCCAGCCCUCAGCGUCCCCCGCCAGCCCUCAGCGUCCCCCGCCAGCCCUCAGCUCCCCCCGCCAGCCCUCAGCUUCCCCCGCCAGCCUUAGCUUCCCCGCUAGCCCUCAGCUUCCCCGCCAGUCCUAGCUCCCCCCGCCAGCCCUCAGCUCCCCCCGCCAGCCCUCAGCUCCCCCGCCAGCCCUCAGCUUCCCCCCGCCAGCCCUCAGCUUCCCCGCCAGCCCUCAGCUCCCCCGCCAGCCCUCAGCUUCCCCCGCCAGCCCUCAGCUCCCCCGCCAGCCCUCAGCUUCCCCCGCCAGCCUCAGCUUCCCUGCCAGCCCUCAGCUUCCCCCGCCAGCCCUCAGCUUCCCCCGCCAGCCCUCAGCUUUCCCCGCCAGCCCUCAGCUUCCCCGCCAGCCCUCAGCUUCCCCCGCCAGCCCUCAGCUUCCCCGCCAGCCCUCAGCUUCCCCGCCAGCCCUCAGCUUCCCCCGCCAGCCCUCAGCUCCCCCCGCCAGCCCUCAGCUUCCCCCGCCAGCCCUCAGCUCCCCCGCCAGCCCUCAUCUUCCCCCGCCAGCCCUCAGCUCCCCCCGCCAGCCCUCAGCUUCCCCCGCCAGCCCUCAGCUCCCCCCGCCAGCCCUCAUCUUCCCCCGCCAGCCCUCAGCUCCCCCGCCAGCCCUCAGCUUCCCCCGCCAGCCCUCAGCUUCCCCUGCCAGCCCUCAGCUUCCCCGCCAGCCCUCAGCUUCCCUGCCAGCCUCAGCUUUCCCCGCCAGCCCUCAGCUUCCCCCGCCAGCCCUCAGCUUCCCCGCCAGCCUCAGCUCCCCCGCCAGCCCUCAGCUCCCCCCGCCAGCCCUCAGCUCCCCCGCCAGCCCUCAGCUUCCCCCGACAGCCCUCAGCUUCCCCUGCCAGCCCUCAGCUUCCCCGCCAGCCCUCAGCUUCCCCGCCAGCCCUCAGCUUCCCCCGCCAGCCCUCAGCUUCCCCCGCCAGCCCUCAGCUUCCCCCGCCAGCCCUCAAACUCCCCCCGCCAGCCCUCAGCUUCCCCUGCCAACCUCAGCUUCCCCCACCAGCUCUCAGCUUCCCCCACCAGCCCUCAGCUUCCCCCGCCAGCCCUCAGCUUCCCCACCAGCCCUCAGCGCCCCCCGCCAGCCCUCAGUGCCUCCCGCUAGCUCUCAGCUGCCCCCGCCAGCCCUCAGCGCCCCCCGCCAGCCCUCAGCGCCCCCCGCCAGCCCUCAGCUCCCCCCGCCAGCCCUCAGCUUCCCCCGCCAGCCCUCAGCUUCCCCGCCAGCCCUCAGCUUCCCCGCCAGCCCUCAGCUUUCCCCGCCAGCCCUCAAACUCCCCCGCCAGCCCUCAGCUUCCCCUGCCAGCCCUCAGCUUCCCCCACCAGCUCUCAGCUUCCCCAUCAGCCCUCAGCUUCCCCCGCCAGCCCUCAGCUUCCCCACCAGCCCUCAGCGCCCCCCGCCAGCCCUCAGCGCCUACCGCUAGCUCUCAGCUGCCCCCGCCAGCCCUCAGCGCCCCCGCCAGCCCUCAGCGCCUCCCGCUAGCUCUCAGCUGCCCCCGCCAGCCCUCAGCGCCCCCCGCCAGCCUCAGCGCCCCCCGCCAGCCCUCAGCUCCCUCCGCCAGCCCUCAGCGCCCCCGCCAGCCCUCAGCUUCCCCGCCAGCCCUCAGCUCCCCCGCCAGCCCUCAGCGCCCCCGCCAGCCCUCAGCUUCCCCCGCCAGCCCUCAGCUCCCCCGCCAGCCCUCAGCGCCCCCGCCAGCCCUCAGCUUCCCCCGCCAGCCCUCAGCUCCCCCCGCCAGCCCUCAGCGCCCCCGCCAGCCCUCAGCGCCCCCCGCCAGCCCUCAGCUCCCCCCCGCCAGCCCUCAGCGCCCCCAUCUCAGACACGCACGCAUGCCAUCCACUUCAAGAAUACUGGAGGAAAGUUAG